AUAGUGCCUGCUAAAAUGUGGCCCACUAUUUGUUUCAAACAUCAUAAAAACCCAGUCUCUGAAUCAUUGUUCUCCAUCCUCACUCCCACAAACACACACACAGAGUUUAUUGAGACUCCCUGCAUGCUGUAUGAGUAUACAGGGAGGAGUAUUGUAUUGGGAGAGGUAAAUGAAUGAAGUGUUACACUCAUCGUUCCUCACUAGGUCUUUGGCUCCUCCUCUUGACUCCUCAGUGUGGGUCUUUACGUGAGCUCCCAGGCCUCCAAAGAAAGCAGAGAAGCAAGAAAGGAGGUACACCUCUCUCCCUUUGCUUUGCUCUCCUACCUCCAUUCACAGAUCCUGAAAGAAGUCUCCCUUUUUGGGUCCUCCCUACUGAGCACCCUUAUACUUUCGAUUUCAUAACUUUCAACACAAGUCUCUACUGCAACAUGGACUGAAAACAACUUCAGUAUCGUCUGUAUGAUUUUGCUGCGACUCCUCUCGGCUGUGACAGACUUGACUCAGCGAUGACACCUUGCCGGAUUUGACGUUCAUUGACUUUGCGUUGGAUUGUAGCACCGAACUCAAAUCUGAUCCGUUGGACCUCGACUCUUUGCCAGGCCUGUUUGCGUAAGGUGUAUCGUAAGUACCCUAGAAUGGGAUCUGAUGUGCGUGACCUCAACCCGCUCCUUCCCCCCGUCCCACCACUUCCAGGGGGGAACGGCAACUGCACCCUGCCCGUGAGCAGUACUCCACAGUGGACUCCAAUGCUGGACUUCCACACUGGUUCACCCUACAGCUCGUUGGCCCCGCACUCCUUUAUCAAGCAGGAGCCCACCUGGGGCACGCCUGACCCCCAUGAGGACCCUCACUGUCUCAGUGCCUUUACUGUGCACUUCUCUGGACAGUUUACUGGGACUGGGGCCUGCAGGUACGGAGCCUUUGGGGCCCCCACGCCCAGCCAGCCCCCACCCAGUCAGCCGAGGAUGUUCAGCAAUGGCCCUUACCUGUCCAACUGUAUGGACAGCCAACCCAGCUCCAGAAGUCAGGGUUACAGCGCAGUUGCUUUUGAUGGAGCCACCAACUACGGACACACUCCUUCCCAUCACACCUCACAGUUCCCCAACCAUUCCUUUAAACAUGAGGACCCCAUCACGCAGCAAAGCAACAUGGGUGACCAGCAGUAUACCGUUCCUCCGCCUGUAUAUGGGUGCCACACGCCGUCAGACAGCUGUACAGGAAGUCAGGCUUUGCUCUUGAGGAACCCAUACAACAGUGAUAAUUUAUAUCAAAUGGCGUCACAGUUGGAGUGCAUGGCGUGGAACCCUGUCAACCCUCUGGCGUCCAGUAUUAAGAGCCAUCCAACAGGUUAUGAAAGUGACCCCAACACGCCCAUGGUGUACAGCUGCAGCACACAGUACCGCAUACACACCCACGGCGUCUUCAGAGGACUUCAGGAUGUGAGGAGAGUACCCGGCAUUACACCUGCAAUAGUGCGCUCAUCUGAGACCAACGAAAAACGGCCGUUCAUGUGCGCCUACCCGGGCUGCAACAAAAGAUACUUUAAACUCUCUCACUUACAGAUGCACAGUCGUAAACACACGGGGGAGAAACCCUAUCAGUGUGACUUCACAGACUGCGGUCGCAGGUUCUCCAGAUCAGACCAGCUAAAAAGACACCAGAGAAGACACACAGGCGUUAAGCCCUUCCAGUGUGAAACCUGUCAGAGAAAGUUCUCACGGUCAGACCACCUUAAGACCCACACCCGGACACAUACAGGUAAAACAAGUGAGAAGCCCUUCAACUGCAGGUGGCCGAAUUGUCAGAAGAAGUUCGCCAGGUCCGAUGAGCUUGUGAGGCAUCACAACAUGCACCAGAGGAAUCUGACCAAGUUGCAGCUGACUAUAUGAGUCAAGUAUAUGAGUCUCAUUAACAGUGGGUGCUGAUCUGAGACCUGUCCCAAUAUACCGAAACAUACACUGAAGAUAUUUGUGUAAGCAAAGCAAGAUCUGCAGCAAGAAGGCUCAUUUUUAGAUGAUACUCAUACUGAUCAAAUUUGGAUAUGCGAGUAGUUUCUUUUUAUUAUACAUAGAAUACAUUUUUUUAAGACAAAAAUUUACUUAAAAGUCAUGAAGCUCAUGUGGGCGUCUUGCAUCGUUUGUUGAUCAUGAUUCACCACUUCUUUAUUUGCAAAAAGAUAAAAAUUAAAAUAAGAAAUAGUGGGUCUGUUGUGUUUAUUAUCUCUUGCUGCCGAUCUGUUUUUCUUUGCAGUUGUGAAGGUUAUGGUUUGGUUAAGGGAAACUGGCACUAGACUAGCACUUAGACUCAUAUGAGGUCUUUUAUCUGCAUGCGCAGCGCCUCUUAGAGGCAGCUCGCACUAUUAUGUUGGGUCAAUUUAAACCAUUUGUUUCCAUUAAGGGAACCUUAUUGUGCUGAGACUGAGAUGUGAAAUGUAAUGUACUUAACAGUUAAUUUAGUUGCCGUCAGACUAAUUUAUUAUGUUUGUUGUAAAUAAAAAUGUAACGUUUGUUUCCACUUGUUAAACCUAUCCAACUUUAUCCAGCUCCUUCUCCGUAUCUGAAAUUGUGAAAUCGUUUCACUGAUGUAUUUGUCCGUGCUGUUAAUAUUCCACUCUUAGACCUUACCAGUUUAUUUAUGAGUAGGUCACACUGGUCAUUUGGCUGAGCCGUUGCUGUCGAGCUGUAAAUAUUAGUUUCAAUCCUCAGCCAACACCAAAUAAUUAAAACCUGACAGACAGCAUUUUGUUCAUGGAAAAUGUGACUCACGUAAAGGACAGAAUGUGAAAAGCAUUUACAGUAGAUUGAAAGUUUGUUUUGUUUUAUUAACUGUCUCCGGUUGUCUUGUAUCUGUUAUUGACGGUUAUUGUUUUUUUUGUUUUUUGUUUUUUAAUAAAACU